AUGCUGGUGGUCGGGGGGCCCGUCAUCGUGUAUCCGAUCGCUGAAUUCUUCAAUAGUUGGGGCAACAGGAGCAGCAAGUACAUGGCUAGCUAUAACAUGGCAAUGCAAAAUUUCUGCUUCCUGCUGGGGCCUUCACUUGGAGCAUCUGUACGUUUCUCCCUGGAGGGCGUGAUUGGGACAAUGCUUGCCCUGGGGAACGUUCUUUUGAUCAACCGGGCCUUUGGUAGUUAUAUGAAUGGAGGCGCUUUUGCAACUCGCACCAAUGUUACAGAUGUUGCCCUUGGGCAAAUGAUUUACGACUCUGAGUGGCUGCCCCUUUGCAACUUGGGCACAGGGGAGCGGUUUGUGCAGACCAACAGCACAGCAGAAUUCUUCCGACAAUGCCUCUUCAACGUGCAUUGGGACUCUGUGACAGAGGGCUCGGCAAGGUCCUUGAUCGUCCUGGGAGAUCUUACCAUCUUCUCAAGCAUCUUUCUCUGGAUUGGAUUUGGAACUUGCGUCCGCGUCUAUGCUCUGAUCUAUGUCAUCUACUGGGCCAUGUCCUUCGUGAACCCUACAUCUCCAGCAUUCAGUGAUGACCCAUCCGAUCCAUGGACUCAAUCCAUCAUGACCUGUUGCGGGGCCUUCAUUGCGGUCCUGAGCCAACUUCUGCCUUGCAGGAAUGAUGCCCUUAGGCAGGCUACCAGUCUUGCAACAGAGCUGGCUGAGACUACGCGUGCUGUAAUUGAAGGGCUGCCUUUUGCAGCAUCAAGAUCGGAGGUCUGCAUUGCCAUCGAGUCUGCAAUAGAAGGCACGAGGCUUUGGCAAGAUGAUAUCGCCGAGCACCUAUCUUAUGCCUGGUUCGAGGACUUCGGCUUAUGGACUUCCAGAUGCCGGCGGCGAAAGAAGCUCGAGGCCUACGUGGAACUACUGGGUUCACUUCUGCAACACGCCUCGAUGGCGUGCCGCCUUGCCAAGCAGACGCUCGACGCUGAUGCGCACAAGUUUGCGUCCGCUCUAUCCUCCAUUCAGGACGUGUGUUCUGGCGCUGCCCGGGCGGUGCCUGUCCCUGGCGAGUGCGUAGAUGAAGGUGCAAUCGACGAUUAUCAGGAGGCCAUGCAGACAUUGGAAGUGGAGUUUUCAAAGGUCGCACCCGAGCUCAGCGGAUUCAUCAUGAGCUUUGCCCUGGCUUUGUGCACCAUCGCAUCAGGCACAAUCUCGAGGCUGAAAGUGCUGGACAGCACCACCUUCAAGAAAACUUCCAAUCCUCUGAGGUUCAUCGUGGAGCUCUCGUCCCGGCUGGAACUGGCUCAAACACGAAACUACCCUUCGCACAAGCGAUUCGUACUCCGAAGUACGCUGGCGAUUGUGUUUUCAUUUUUGUUCGGCUGGCUGGGAUUGGAGCGAAUGCUGAGUGCAUACAAUUCCGGGGCAGCAGUCACAGUUGCCACCGUGGUAUCCACCACCACUGGAGCAGGCUUCUCCCUGGGUUUGAUAACCCGGCGCCUGAAUGCGGUCGUGGUGGGUACGGUCCUGGGCCACUCUAUGGGCCAAGUCUUGGCAGUUCAGACAGAGUUCCAUGCCUCGCUAUUUGCCUUGUGGCUGUGGGUAUAUGGUUUCGUGCUGAUCUUCCAGAUUCUGCACUCAUCGACCAAUGCAGGAGUUGCGCUUUCCACAUUGGCAAUUGGAGUCUAUUCCUUGGUGCCUUCGACAGGCGUUUUCCGAUAUUACAAUGCCUCAGUUGAUGUGCAAGCUGAGCUUUACCUGGGCUCGAGUGUAAAGGCGGCCGUGCUGGGAGGAGCCAUCAUGUUGAUCAUUGACUUGGUCCUCUUCUCCAGUGCUCGCAGCCUAGCCCAGCAGCAGCUCAAGCACACUGUGAAGAAAUGUAAAGGCCUGCUCUCGCGGGUCAUGGGCUUAAACCACGUGCAGCGCAAAGAAGCAUCUAAUGCUGACGGCUCUUCCAAUGAGGAGGCCCUUGUCCUGCACCAUCUUGAUGAUUUGAAGAGGCUCUUGCCUAGUGCGACACAAGAACCGGCGCCAAAAGGAAUUGAAUUUCCUUCUGAGCUUUUUGAGAAGCUAGAAGGCUCCUUCAGGACCGUUGUGUCUGAGCUGGGUACUCUGGAGUGGCUCUUUGCAAUGAUUGCUGAGUCUUCGGGAACCUCAUCUUCAGUCUUGUCCGGCCAGAAGGAUUUCGAAUCUCUCUUGCUGGAGAUGGAAACGUUCUUCACCGAUGAGCUCAGCAAUAUACAGGUGAUGUUGCAGGACUUGUAUGCCAGGAAACUACAGGCGGCCAGGGCUGAUGAUACCAACGGUAAAGCCGCUGAGCUUCGCCAGUCUAUUCUGGAUCGGGGGGAGGAUGCCCUCAGGUCAGCGACUACUCCACAGUCAAAUCCGAAGCACCAUGCUAGCACCAGGAGGUUGUCGGGUCUCCUGGCAGCUGUGGGGUCCAGGAAGCAGUCCUUCCAGCAGUUAGUGGUGAAGAUGCGCAUGGCUGCAAGUACAGCCCGCGGAAACACGCCGCUCUCCGACAUGCUCUCUCAAGUUGAGCUCCUCAUCAGUGCCCUCCAUACUUGCAGCGCGGCCAUCUCAAACAUUCAGACGGCUUUGGCGCAGUACGGAUAA